AUGGGCGUGGCAAAUGUUAUUAUUGAAAUUAAGCCUUACAAUGAUAACAAAACACGACCAACUCUCAUUGAUGCCUGCUCCGUCAUUGGUCGCCUGCCACAUGACUUUGCCCCUUUUAACUGCUACCCAGUUUCGAACUGGCGAGGCAAGAUUUGCUUCGAUCACCAACACAAGCUUGUUUACAUGGCUGUUUCCCUUGGUCACGAGGCCUAUCCCAACCGGCAAAUAUGGUUGGAUGCUUCAAUUCAGCUUAAUUAG